AUAAACAAAAAUUGCCGGCAAUCGCUCGAAAUGAAAAUGAAUUUACACGUGAAAUGUGUUGCUGUUGGCUCUUUUGGCACCCUGGCAGUCGGAACGCUCGCCUAUUUCACGCACAAAUACCUAAAAAGUCGCAAAUCCGAGGACAUCAUGGAAGUUUAUUUCACGCACGACACUUGCGAGGAACAACACACGAAAAACGUGAAAUAUUUGUCGAUUUCCGAGCUGGAUUUUUUUCCGCGGCAACUGACACGAAUCGUCAAUUACAUCAAUUCCGCCACGAAAACCAUCGACGCCGCCGUUUAUUUGUUCAACGUGAAGCAGUUGGGCGAAGCGAUGAUUCAGGCUUACGAACGCGGAGUGGCGGUUCGCAUUGUCGGCUGUAGUUCGAUGCAGGGAGCGACUGGCACGCAAUUCGGCGAUUUACAUCGACAUGGCAUCCCGGUGUUGUUCAAGAGCACCACGAUGUGCAUGCAUCACAAAUUUUGCCUGGUGGACACGCGCGACCAAACGGAAAAGGAGAAACGAGACUCGCAACGACGAAAAAGUCGCAUAAAUCGCAGCAAGAGCAAAGAAGACCAAAGUGAAAAACUUCCAACGGUUCACAUUCCGCAGAACGGCGUUUGUAUCACGGGUUCGUGCAAUUGGACGAUGCAAGGAUUCUCCUCGAACUGGGAAAAUCUCAUCAUUACGAAUAACCAAAAAAUUCUCAGUGGGUUCCGCAAGGAGUUUGAUCGCAUUUGGAGUGAUUUUAUUGCCGCGCAACAAGUUACCAACACAGAUUCGCGUUAAAAAAUGUACAAAAAAUUAAGUUAAUCAAAGAAAGU